AUGGCUUCGCACGGCCAGUAUCCUCCGCCUCACCUGGCUCCAAAACACCAUCAUCAUGCCCCCUAUGGCACUCCGCCCGUGGCCGUCCCCGGUGGCGCCCCGGCCGGCACCUUCUCGCCCGGUACCAAGAUUCAGGUCGGCAGCCACCGCGUCGUGAUUCAAAAGUACCUCUCAGAGGGAGGUUUCGCGCACGUGUACCUCGUCAAGAUGCCCAAGCCCGUCGACGGCACCGACAUGGCGGUCCUGAAGAGAGUCGCGGUCCCUGAUAAGGAGACCUUGCGGGGCAUGCGCACCGAGGUCGAGACGAUGAAGCGCCUCAAGGGCCACCGGCCGAUCGUCACCUAUAUCGAUUCGCACGCCUCUGAGCUCAGGGGCGGUGGCUACGAGGUGUUUCUGCUUAUGGAGUUUUGCAACGGGGGCGGCCUCAUCGACUUUAUGAACACUAGGCUGCAGCAUCGCCUAACCGAGCCCGAGAUCCUCAACAUCUUUACCGACAUCGCCGAGGGCGUCGCAUGCAUGCACUACCUCAAGCCCGCGCUGCUCCACCGGGAUCUCAAGGUUGAAAAUGUCCUCAUCACCGCCAAGGGCUCCUCCAAGCGCUUCAAGCUCUGCGAUUUUGGCUCGGCCGCGCCGCCGCGUCCCGCCCCCACAACCGUUGUCGAGUGUCGCCUCAUGGACGAGGAUGUCCAGAAGCAUACCACCCUUCAGUAUCGGAGUCCUGAAAUGAUUGAUGUGUACCGAAAGCAGCCUAUAAACGAAAAGUCUGAUAUUUGGGCCCUGGGAGUUUUGCUGUAUAAACUAUGCUAUUACACGACCCCGUUCGAGGACCAAGGCCAAUUGGCCAUCCUCAAUGCCAGCUUCAGGUUUCCGAGUCACCCUGUCUUUUCUGAUCGACUCAAGAAGUUGAUAGCGUCAAUGUUGAGAGAAAACAUGCAGUCGAGACCAAAUAUUUACCAGGUACUCAAGGAAGGCUGCGCCAUGCAAGGGCGAGAUGUCCCUAUUCAGGAUAUCUACUCUGGCCAAGCCCAAUCUCAUGGUCGAAAUGACAGCCCUCAGCGUAGGCAACAAUCAUCAGAGCAAGCGCCAGUCGUUGGUGCUGUCUUCUCACGGGCUGAGCCGGAGAGACAAGUUAUCCCUGAUGUUGUUCCAAUGAGAAGAGGAAGACCGGCGGCGUCACCAGCUCCAACCAAGGCAGCACAGAAGCCAGAGCAAUCUCCCAUGCGAAAAACUGAUGGAGAUCCCUUUGCCGCUCUUGAUUCCAAGUCGACUUCCCAGGCCGGAUUUGACGAGCUGUCAUCGAGGUUCCCUACUCUUGACCAGUUCUCAUUAUUACACGACCAAGGGACCAAAUUCGAUUUUGACGCCUCCUCGCCCACCUCACCAACUCCUAAUGCCCCGUCUGACCUCAACCAGAGAGUUACGGAGAGGCUGGCCGAUGAAGCCUUUGCCAUGCCUCAGCCAAGCGAUACACGUACGAGGUCAACAUCGAGGCCGCACUCAGUCACGCCUGUUGCCCACCAAGCUGCGGUUGCCUCGCCUCCCCCAGAACCUUCUCUGCAAAAGGUCUUGUCCGCACCAAGCAGGCCAGAAGUUAGCAGGGCGCAGUCUAUCAUUAGUAACAAUCCCGAGCUACAGGCGAUUUCCUCUCAAACAAGCUCGAGAUACGUGUCUACUGGCACGAUGACAGCAACUCCACCGCCUGAGCCAUACAGGGACUUGGAGAGACCUGUUCAGCGAGAGUCUCGCGAGUACGCACGAUCCAGCAGCGCUACAAGGCAACCUGAGCAAAGUGCCGGGCAAUGGGGCGCUGAAGAAUCACGCCCUGCUUUCCCUGCCCGGGGUUCGUCCUAUCAACCAUCUUCGCAUGCUCGUCAACCGUCUUCAUCAAGACCCUCUCUUGAGGGCGGUCGCCCUCGCGCAGACUUUUUGGAGCCUGCAGCCCGUACUUCUACCACAAUCUCUCGACCGCGCCCUGCAAGCACAAACCUCGAGGGUACCACGCUCGAUUUUCUGCGUGAAAGAGAGGCUGCUUCCCGAUCGUCAAGUCGACCACCUCACUACUCGCCUCAGAUUCCGUCCCCUGCCCAGGAACCUGUGACUGAUGACGACUCGCGAGUUGCAUCUAGUGAUAUGGAUUUCCUGAGGAGUCUGGAAGAUUCGGAGCGGACCAAGGCGAGCAAGCGCUCUAGUCUGACAUCGUUGUCUGGGAACAAGAACAUCCUUGCAGGCAAAUUUGGAGAUGCCUUUAAGCGCUUUGAAGGCGGUCCUCCUGGAGGUGUGAGAAACCCUUCGCCACAAAGGGACGCAGGACGCCGUGAUCUUACUCCUAUCGCUGGCUCUGAGGCUACUGAUGGGCGCAGCGAUGACGGCCGUAUCCAGGAGGAUGAGGAUAACAUGACGCCUGAGAUGAGGCGUGAGAUGGAACGCCUGAAGCUACAAGAAGAGGAACAACGUGUUGAGGCCGCCCAAGCUGAGUACCGUCGACGUGUGGCCUCAGGAAACCGUGGACCACCUAUCCCACCAAAGAGCAUUGGGGGAGUCUCCCGUGCUGUCAGCAUCCAGAACCGGGUCCAAAGUCUCUUGAACGAGGACCAGAAGUCUUCGAACGUGCAGAGGACUGCCCAAGGAUAUGGAAAGUACACCGACUCAUCGGAAAGUGGAGGCAAGCCCGAGAAGCCGCUACCUGUCAGGAAACCCCUGAACAUCGCCAAGACUAGAGUUGAGCCGCCUCAGGCUCGGCCAGUCAGCACUGGCCCGGCCUCGACAUCCUCUGCACCUCCAGCUCUUGGACCCAAGCCCCCAGCAAAGCCGAUCGCCCCUAAGAAGCCGGUUCAUCUGAACAGCCUCCCUACCGGACCACGUUCAUCGUCACCUUCAAAACAGAGCCGGGCGCAGGCAUCGUCAGCUCAUGUUAUCGCCGUGGACCUCCCUGGACAACCUCUGUUGGACAUGACUGCCAAGGAGAAGGACGAUUACAUCCAGGACUUUACGAAGCGGUUCCCCAGCCUGGGCACGAUUGAGAUGGUGGAGCGGGAAAUUGGUGGACAGAAUGGGGCAUCGGGACGGUAA